CACUUUUAACGCUGGACACACUCUUUCCUCGGCUCCUUUCAGCAUUAGGUCCCAGGAAGCCAACAGGAUGUCCGAUAGAGGAGCUUUUGACACCAACGUGGUGACCCUCACCAGGUUUGUACUGGAGGAAGGCAGGAAGGCCCAAGGAACGGGAGAGCUGACAACCCUCCUGAACUCCAUCUGCACAGCUGUCAAAGCUAUUUCCUCUGCAGUCAGGAAGGCUGGGAUUGCUAACCUAUAUGGGAUCGCUGGAAGCACCAACGUGACGGGCGACCAGGUGAAGAAGUUGGACGUCCUGUCCAACGACCUGGUGAUCAACAUGAUCAAGUCGUCCUUCACCUCCUGCGUCCUGGUCUCGGAGGAAGAUGAGAAAGCCAUCAUAGUGGAGCCAGAUAAGAGAGGAAAGUACAUCGUCUGCUUUGACCCACUGGAUGGAUCUUCCAACAUCGACUGUCUUGUCUCCAUUGGGACAAUCUUUGCCAUCUACAGAAAGACCACAGCUGGCGAGCCAUGUGAGCAAGACGCCCUGCAGCCCGGCAGAAACAUCGUAGCAGCUGGUUACGCUCUGUACGGCAGCGCCACCAUGAUGGUCAUCUCCAGUGGGCAGGGCGUGAACGGCUUCAUGCUGGACCCCGCAAUCGGCGAGUUCAUUUUGGUAGACCGAGACGUGAAGAUCAAGAAGAAGGGUAAAAUCUACAGUUUGAACGAAGGGUAUGCACAGCAUUUUUAUCCGGACGUGACGGAGUACCUUCACAAGAAGAAACACCCAGAGGACAGUUCUGCACCGUACGGCAGCAGAUAUAUUGGCUCGAUGGUGGCAGAUGUUCAUCGAACGCUGGUGUACGGCGGGAUCUUCUUAUACCCUGCCAACGUCAAGAGUCCAAAGGGCAAGCUGAGGCUGCUGUAUGAAUGCAACCCCAUGGCCUUCAUCAUGGAGCAGGCAGGAGGCAAGGCCACCACUGGGUCAGAGAACGUUCUGGACAUCCAGCCCACCAACAUCCACCAGAGAGUCCCUGUCGUCUUGGGAUCCCCCGACGAUGUGGAAGAGUAUCUUUCCAUCUACAAGAAGCAUAACAAAUGAGGUUCCCUCCAGUGGUCGUAACUCAUGUCAAGGCUGAUAAAAAAAACAACCAAGAUGCAAAACAUCUGUUUUGUUAUUACCCAAUCACUGGGCUGCACUGAUAAAGAAACCAAACCCUUCCCUCUGGUGUUGCAGUUUGCUGUUCUCAGAAAAGCUACCCUGUAUUUUUUAAAUAAAACAAUCACGUAUCACCGAG